AGAAUCAGCAGAGCAGUAGAAGAAGAACGUGACAGAAUUGAGUGAGAAAAAUGAAUAUUUGUGUGUGUUUCUUUUGAAUCUCUCUUCGCGGAGCUGUUUGUUGUCGCUCGAGAGGAAACAGUUUGUUUUAAUUACUCGCCGUGUGCGUUUCAACCAUGGAGAAAACAUUCAGCCAGUGGAAGAAACAGUGUCUGAAUAAGCUGGACCUGAGCAAGAAAGGCAGCGUGGACCAAGACAUUGAACAGGUCGUGUCUCUGCUCAACAGCUGUGAGGAGUUCUUCACCACAAGCUCCUGCUCCGGAAGGAUCAUCCUCAUCGACGGGGCUGCAGACAGCUGUGAUGUCCAGAAACAAAACUGUGUCUGGYUGUUUGUCUCGCAUCACAAAUGCACCUUUGAUGACCUGAUAUCUGGCCUGAGCAGCUCCAGCGGUGACGCCGUGUUGAAGUUUGAGCCYGCCGUGCUCCACGUUCAGUGCCGGAGGCUGGAAGAUGCACAGCUGCUGGCGGUCCGCAGCACACACAGUCUGGAGGUUCCUUUGAGCCACAGUGGAAAGCUUCUUGUUGCUCACGAGUACAUCCACUUCUUAACACAGGUAGCCAAUCAGAAGAUGGACGAGAACCUCAGACGAAUACACAGAUUCUACCAGAACCUCCAGUCAGCCUUGUCAGCAGAGAGACCUCACCCCCCAGACUUGUCCUGCUCACAGGAAAUACAAGAUCCCCAACACACGCAGGAGGCAGAAAGGGCAGAAAGAGAAGAGGGGGAGAAGGAGGAGAGGAACAAGACGAAAGCGUAUCAACGGCGGAGGAGGAAACAGCAACGUGAAACUGAUGGUAACCACGACGGCGGCAACAGCAGCCCGCUGGAGCUCGAUGACUGCGUCAGUCUGUUCACAUAAACUUGUAACUCUGCCCGCGCUUUGGUUUUGGGUUGAGAGCUGCCAAAGAACUGAGAGGAGGCUGURACUGAUUCCACUUUGUGUUUUAAGGACAUCUUCAGAACCUGUUGUCUACCUGCUCUUUGCAAAAUGAACCAUGUUCUUGAAUCUGGUCUUGUUGGUUGUUAAUAAAAUGUUUAUUGAUCUA